AUGGGCCUGAAUGUGGUGACCUAUGAGGAUGUCCAUGUUGGUUUCACUUGGGAAGAGUGGACUUUGCUGGAUCCUUCCCAGAAGAAUAUCUACAAAGAUGUAAUGCUGGAGACCUACAGAAACCUCGCUAUUAUAGGGUACAGUUGGAAGGACCAUAAUAUUGAAGAACUUUGUCAAAGCUCUAGAAGACAUGGAUUACAUAAAAGAACACAUACUGGAGAGAAACCCUAUGAAUGUAAUCACUGUGGUAAAGCUUUUGACUAUCACAGUCAUCUUCAAGUACAUAAAAGAACACAUACUGGAGAGAAACCUUUUGAAUGUAAUACAUGUGGUAAAACCUUUGCACAAUAUGGUGCUCUUCAAUUGCAUAAAAGAACACAUACUGGAGAGAAACCCUAUGAAUGCAAUGAAUGUGGUAAAGCCUUUGGUUAUCACAGUGUUCUUCAUGUUCAUAAAAGAACACAUACUGGAGAGAAACCCUAUAAAUGCAAUCAAUGUGGUAAAGCCUUUGCACAACCGGGUGGUCUUCAAUUGCAUAAACGUACACAUACUGGAGAGAAACCCUAUGAAUGUAAUGAAUGUGGUAAAGCCUUUUCACAACACAGUCAUCUUCAAAAGCAUAAAAAAACACAUACUGGAGAAAAGCCCUAUGAAUGUAAUAAGUGUUUUAGAGCCUUUGCAUUUCACAGUAAUCUUCAAAGGCAUAAAAGAACACACACUGGCAAGAAACCCUAUGAAUAAAAUGAAUGUGGUAAAUUCUUGGCAUGUCUCAAUGCUCUUCAAAGACAUAA